UAGUAUAUAGAUUACGUUGGUCAUUUGCCGAUAAAAUAAUAAUUUUAUAAAGUUGAAAAUUAGACCUCUAAAUUAAAAUCAAUUUAAGAACAAGAUGUCUUUAAACAAAUUAUUUUGCAUGAUCUUCAUCAUCUGCGCCAUUUCUGAGGUUUAUUCUUAUAGAAUAGUUUCAAAAAAUUCUGAAGUUAAAUCGAAUACACCAAACAGAGAUAUCAUACAUGUUCCAAAGACUACAACUCCUAACCCAAACUCAUUCACUCCACAGCCUCCAAAAAGAAAUGAAUCGCCAUUAGGAAAGGCGUAUAGAGAUUGGGGAAAUUUAAAAUAUAAUUUAGCUGAUAGAUACGAUAAAUUGUCAAGAGAUCUUGGUUACCAAGAACCAACUAUUAUUGGUGGACUUCUGAGAUUAUGUGCAAAGUAUACACAUGACUAUGCUGAUUACGUUGACAAUUAUUACGGAUAAGUUACAAAAAAAGUAAGUAAAGCAGCCGACGCUUCGUGGUCGAUGUAUCCCAAAAAGAAGAGAAAUAAAUAAUAAUUAUAAAGCAAAUUGUAUGGGAAUUUAUAAUUUUUUACUGAAGUGAAAAAUUUGUCAUUUCCAUGUUUAUAGUUCACUUGUAAAUAAAAAUUAAUGAAUCAAAAAUGAAUAAAGCAAAUUAUCAGACACGUCCAAAAAUUA